AUGGAUAUUGAAGCAUAUUUUGAGAGGAUUGGCUAUAAGAACUCUAGGAACAAACUGGAUCUGGAAACAUUAACCAGCAUUCUUCAGCAUCAUAUCCGAACCAUUCCCUUUGAGAACUUUAACAUGCAUUGUGGACUGCCCAUGACUAUGGGCUUAGAAGAUGUUUUUGAGGAUAUUGUAAGGAAGAACAGGGGUGGAUGGUGUCUCCAGUCUAAUCAGCUUCUCUACUGGGCUCUGACCACAGUGGGUUUUGAGACCAGAAUACUGGGAGCAUGCGUUUAUAUCCCUCCAGUCAGCAAAUAUAGCAGCACAAUGGUUCACCUUCUACUUCAUGUGACCCUCGGUAACAAAAACUACAUUGUUGAUGCUGCAUUUGGCUGCUCCAAUCAGAUGUGGGAGCCUCUGGAAUUAGUUUCUGGAAAGGACCAGCCUCAGGUGCCUUCCAUCUUCCGACUAACAGAAGAGAAUGGAGUCUGGUACAUGGACCAAAUCAAAAGAGAGCAAUAUGUGCCAAAUGAAGAAUUCAUCGAUUCUGAACUCCUUGACAAAAAUAAAUACCAAAAAGUCUAUUCUUUUACUCUUGAACCUCGAAAAAUUGAAGAAUUUGAGUCAGUGAAUAGUUACCUUCAGGAAUCUCCAACCUGUGUGAUGAAGAACACAUCAUUUUGUUCUUUGCAGACCUUAGAAGGUGUUUAUGUUUUAGUGGGCUACACCCUCACCUAUAGAAAAUUUAAUUAUAAGGACAAUGUAGAUCUGGUAGUGUUUGAGACUCUGAAAGAAGAAGAAAUUGAAGAAGUGCUUAAAACUAUAUUUGGUAUUUCUUUGGAGGGAAAAUUUGUGCCCAAACAUGGUGAACAGUAUUUUACUAUUUAG